GUACCGAACAUAAUAUUUUCGAAUUCAAUCGAAAAACCUUUAUCGUGAACUGAAAUAUUUUUUGAGGUGUAGCAGAUCGUUUGUGGCCAAGUUAUAAAAAAUGGACAAAUUUUCAGUUUUCAUGUAAAUAAAUGCAAACGAAUACUAUACUGAAUAUAACGGCAAAAAAUUCGCUGUGAAGUGAUCAAAAGUGAAAUUUUUGAGGGAGAAAACUCUAGUUCCUAGAUCUGACAAAUAGCUGCUUAAUGCAUACUUAUAAUUAAUAAACGUGUGCAUCUGUAAAAUGAUACGCUAAAACAAUUUAAUGGACAAACGGUGACGAGAAAAAUUGUUUCGUUCGUUUCAAAUUAUCGCGCGCGACUAGAAGCCCCCCAAGCACGAGACGACCAGCAUCGCGGGGACCUGUGCCCCCAUGGCAUGAUGGCGGGGGCGUCAGAGCGAGCGUGCCCGAUGCAGCCCCCCCACAGCAUCACCGCGGACGGCCCCGGCACCAUCAUCCCGUCUAACGAUUACGAGAUGAACUUCAUGAUGGAGCCGCUGGACGACAUCAUCUGUGGUAAAGAGUCUCCCUUCAUCAGUCCUUCAGCCCCAAUGAUCACACGCAGCGCUGCCGCAGCUGGUGCUUCAGUGGUACAAACUCAUAUGACCAACACCACGUGGAUGAACAACCAUCCUGCUGCUCACCCUAUUCACAACCAUCAUCUCCAGCCAACCACUCAUCAAAUUCACCAAAUCAAGAUUCACCCCCAAGGACCUGGAACUCCUCCAGAUACACCUCCUGGUUUUAGCCCCAUCAGCGCUCCACUGCCCCCGUCACCCCCUUUUGUGCCCCAGCAGACGACAGCCAUCGUAGAGGAGAUGUGGGCAGCCACCACCUCCUACAAUAGGUACCUGGAACCCCUGGACCUCCGUCAUGGACCCCCUCAGCUCUACCCGGACCCCAUCGACCAGCAGCCGUUCUACGUCGACCGUAAAUGGGAACUUGUCCAACAAAGACAAACGCAGUUACAAAUGCCAUUGAUCCCCAUAAAACAGCAUCAUCACCAUCACCAUCAUCACCAGCCACCACCUCAUCAUCACCAGCAACAACCUGCUAUUCAUCAUCAGCAUCAGCCGCAACAAACUGCCAGCCACCUAAGCAGCGCUGACCACCAAAGUCAGCUACUCACCGCCAGUCACUACGAGAUCAGCGACGAAGAACUGCUUGGUCUCUCCGUCAGAGACCUCAACAAACGCCUGCACAGCAUGAACAAGGACAUGCAGACCCAAGUCAAGCAAAGGCGACGUACUCUAAAAAAUAGAGGUUACGCCCAAAGCUGUCGUACCAAAAGACAAGAGCAAAAAUCAAAACUAGAAAUCGAGAACGGCGAACUGAAGGAAAAACUAAGUGCCAUAAACCAGCAGUUGAGCCUAAGAGCGCGGGAGAUCGAAUCACUCAGGAAAGAAAAUGAAGUAGUCAUUCGAGAGAACCACUUGUUGAGACAUCAACAGCAUCAGCAGCAACAGCAGCAGCAACAAGCACAACAAUCACAACAUCAGCAUCAGCACGAAGAAUUCGUGGAUUAUGUGUGA